AAGUUCGGUGUUCAGUGUUGGUGGUGUUGGUGGUGUUGGUGUGUUGCUGAACCGGUACCGAGUUCCAAAACUGGUUGGAGAUUGCAUGCAUCCGCACUGGACUAUAGACUGCAAGCUGCAUGUGACUUUAUGUGUAUCAUCUCGAUUCUAUACAUAGGGCUCUACUAGAUCUAUGUGUUUGAGGGUAAAAUAACACCGAGUGACAGUCUGAUGUAGAGAACAGGACAGCCUCAGGACCUAGAUGGAACCUGUUAUGAUGUAGCUGGUGAACCAUGUAGUUUCUGAGAUGUCCGAGUCAGCAACCAUGGCAUCUGGAUGUAGCAGUGAGGAAACCUUGUCGGUACUGAGAUCGUGUGACUUGACAACUGCGAUUUCGCGGGGGACGGUGAGUGAAGAGAUGCUAGAGCAAUGUGCUCAAGAGGGUCGUAUCGAUGUCCGAAACAAGGAAGGACAAACACCUUUGAUGCUCGCAUGUUUGACAGGUCUUAAGGAUGUUGUCAAGUUCUUGUUGGCAAAUGGUGCCAACCCCAACUCCAAUAGUUUAAUGAAGGGUAAUACCCCUUUGCAUUUUGCAUGCAUGGUAGAAAAACACAGUAGAAGAGGAGUACUUAUCUAAAAGAUACUAUAAACCCCAAGAAUGGAGGGCCAUCAAGGUAUCUAUUGUGAAGCUUCUUCUGAAGUAUGGAGCAUCUGUUCAGAAGAACCUAGAUGGAUGGACUCCAGCAUGUGUAGCUGCAUUUUACAUAUUUAAGGACAUUGUUGACUUCUUCAUGUUGAUGGGUGAUGGUAGUCCUUUGGAGGUCAAGUUCACAGCUUCUCAAAUACUUGGAGUUUCACAAGCUACUCUUAGAUCUGAUUCUGAAUCAGCUCUCUGCAAAGAUGCAUUUCACUCUUUCCGCAGAGCCAUAGAGCUACAACAAGAUGCAGGAGUUAUCACAGGUCAAGCUGAAACUUCUGAACUUGCAUUGUGUUUCUCGAAGCUCUCUUUGACAGAAUUUCACACAUUGGAGGAAAUCAAGUCAGUUGAAUCGUCUCAAAUUGCUUUACAGGCCCAUGCAUUCUUGGUUGGUGAGAGACUAUUUCCCCCGACUUUCAAGCAGAGAUACCUCUACCCUUCCCUUACAGACUUUGCAAGUCUUUUAAUGUUCCAUACUGACAUGGUAGAAGGAGGCUUUCAAAUAUUCUCCUAUACCCUUGGUUUGGAACGAUGUGGAUCAUUAAAGCUAGGAACAGUACUAGGUCACAUAGCUGCUAAAUAUCCAGUCCACUCUGUGUAUAAUAUAAGAGGACCACAACCUCUUGUUCGUCAACGUGCAAGAGAGCUGCUGUGUGCCUAUGAUUCAGUAGUUAAUAAUGUACAUAUUGAUAGUCUGUUGGGGUUGUGUCAUUCGUUUAGUUACAGCUUUGGUUCCAUACUUUAUGCUGAACCUUUAGAUUACUCAAGUUUUGAUGACUUGAAAUCCACCUUGGAAGAUGUGGAGAAGUUACUGAGGUCCAUUCGAGGUAGGAUGUUUAGGGAAAGGCAAGAUGAGUAUCCCAAGAUGCCUUCUGUAGCACACGAAAUCAUGCGUCUUCUGAUGGACACGUUACGUCUAAAUUCUUACGUCUGUGGAGACCACCUUCUGAUGCUAAAGUUUGUGUUCCUCAGGGUUCUACUCUGGGACAAUGCUUCUUACCAGGAUGAGUGCAAUGGCGCCACGGUGCUGCACAUACUAGCAUACUCUGCAAUUCAGGGAGGACAUGUGGAAGGUAUUCAGGAUCUUGCCCCGGAUCUUGCCCUGGCCUUUUUACGUCACGGAUGUCCACUAGAUGCAGUGGAUAAACAAGGCUAUACCGCCACAGACCUUUUGCGGCAUGAAGGACGUGAGGACCAGAAUAUCAAUCUCAUUCAGACAUUGGUGAGUCCACCAACCACAGUAUUGCGUCUGGAGGAAGCAGCUGCCAGAGUAGUCCUCCGACACAAGAUCAACUACCAAGACGUCCUUCCUCUGCGGCUGCGUGAGCUGGUGGAUGGUGGAACUGCGGAAUUAGAGUUAAAAUUAUUAGAAUUUAUGAGAGCAAAUGACGUCAGCAGUGAAGAAGGUAGUGAAGAGAGUAGUGAAGACAGUGAGUAAUUUAUACUUACAAUUAAGUCAAAGGUUUUUGCAAGGAUGCACUGAAGGUAAAAGGAGACAGAAGCCUAAAUUGACUGAUGGAAUUAGAAAGUUAACAGAUCACUCGUCUCAGCUCGUCGUAUCGCUUUAGACUGAACAAUCUGGAGAGUCACGAAAGGGCUUGUAAUAUAGAUUUCAUGUUAUGAGAAAUUAUAUAAGUAAAUGUGACAGAUUUUGUUAGUUACUCUCAGAUCAAGUUCUGCAUUUUAAACCAUUUGUGCCACUAUGCAAACUCCUUUACGUUUUGAUACUUUAUGUAUUUAUGUGCCUUCUAUUACAAAUUGUUUGCUUUUUACUUUGCUACCUGAUAAGCCAUUGCUACAAUUUGUUCAGACAUUGACUCGGGGUUCAAUGAAGAUUCUGUGUAACCAUUGUCAUAAUGAAACCAUAAUCGGAUUGACAGUCCUGUGUAGGUGCGGUUCUAAAAGAAUGUAUUUGAACUCUUUUAUUUUGGGGGGGGGGGGUGUCCUUCUGGGCCUUGAGGCACGUGCAGAGUUAGGAUUUUGUAAAAGAGAGCAAAAAGAGGUCACAUAUUUGUGUUCCUUUUUACCACAAAAUCCUCUAACAUAGAUCCGGGGGGAGGGACAAAAUCUGCAAUCUUGGCAUGAUGAUAUGUAAAAUGAUAUACAGAAGCAACUUUGACAUGUUGCAAACCUUCAAACUUGCUCCCGACCUCGAUAUUACAAAAAAAUAUGCGAAAUUGUAUCAACGAUUUUACUGUGUGUGUUAAAGAUUUCACUUCGCGCGCCAUAGUGUUCGAAAGCAUGAGGGCUGCUCAUCCUCGUUCGCUAUUAUUUUUGCACUGCAUUGCACAUGUGCAGAAUCCAUAAUGUCAAGCAAGGAUUAGGCGUCAUCAUCGGGUUCCGACAAUGAAAACAACAUUGUAAUAUUCCUUUAAACGGUAAUUCGAAUAACUAUUUUUUGGAAUCUAAUCAUUUAAUUGUAUAGUGUGGAUAUAAUAUACAUGUGAUGUGAUUCUUAGCAUUAUUUAUAAUGGAUAAACUUAUGAUAAAUUUGUGUAUAUUAGACCUUCUAAAAACUGACUGGAAUAUGCUAAAGUUGAAAAAGAAGUUGUUUUUAUUUAAUAUCUGCUGCUAUACUUAGUUUUUCAUGAACAUAUGAACUUUCAUUUUUAGGUAGUUCUGAUUACAUAAAUGUAUCAUCGAGCAUUUGGAAAACCUUUUGAACACUGUAUCCUGUGUCAUUAUGAUGCCAUGCUAGUUUAUAAUCGGCAGCAGAAUUCUAAGAGACUGGAUAUACCAUGCAAAAAAUUGCAAACAUUGUCUCAGCCAUGCUCUUGUACAUGUACUUCCACUUUACAAACAAGUGAAGCAUUUCGGAACUUACUCAUGUGAAUAAUAUGCUUAUCAUUCAAAUGACUUAAGAUAAUGUAAGAAGUUGUUGUUUCAAAGAACUCAAUAUGUGUUUGUAAACUGUGUAUCAUCGCAGCAUUUUAUAACCAUCAUACUUCGAUGGUAGGUUUGAUAUUUCUGAAAUUAAAGUACAUGUAUUGGAAUGGAGAUUUUUAAAAUCAUGCUCAAUCAAUCAUAAGACAAGCAUUUUGUUUUAUUUUGUUUUUUUCUGCUACAUAGAAUGCUCAGUUUUAUCAUGUAAAGAAUUUUCAUAUUGGAGUCAUAAAAACACAUUAUGAUUACAGAAAUGCAAUGUACCUGUUUACAGUUGAUAGAUUAUCAUGAAGUACAGUAAUUACAAUUCAACGGAAAGUUGAACGAACCAAAA